CGCACGGUGGCUACUUGAACGAAAACGGGGGAAGCUCGCUCAAGAAACCGGCUCGGUUGUCGUCGGGGAACUCAGCAUGCCAUACUACAAAUGCUGAGCGCGGGGGGGCGAAACAACCGUAUUUACCUCCUGAACGGCGAUAGUUAACGGCCACGCCCCGUUCCCACCGACAGGAGCCGGUACAUAACCGCUGGCGGAGGCGCGACGGUGCGCGGUUUGAAACCCAGCAGGGCGGCUAGCGGGGCUCACAGCGGAGAGAGGAAGCAGGAGCGUCGGCUGUUUUGGGAACCAUGAGGGAGUACAAAGUAGUGGUUCUCGGGUCCGGGGGGGUCGGUAAAUCCGCACUAACCGUUCAGUUCGUGACGGGAUCCUUCAUAGAGAAAUACGACCCCACGAUAGAGGAUUUCUACAGGAAGGAGAUCGAGGUGGACUCCUCUCCGUCCGUCCUGGAGAUCCUGGACACGGCGGGCACGGAGCAGUUCGCCUCCAUGCGAGACCUGUACAUCAAAAACGGGCAGGGCUUCAUCCUGGUCUACAGCCUGGUGAACCAGCAGAGCUUCCAGGACAUCAAGCCGAUGAGGGAUCAGAUCAUUCGGGUGAAAAGGAACGAGAGGGUGCCGAUGAUUCUGGUCGGAAACAAAGUGGACCUGGCCGGGGAGAGGGAGGUCUCGUCCGGCGAGGGGAAGGCACUGGCGGACGAGUGGAAAUGCCCGUUCAUGGAAACUUCAGCCAAAAAUAAAAGCUCGGUGGACGAACUGUUUGCAGAGAUAGUCCGACAAAUGAACUAUGCCUUAACACCAAAUGGCGACGACCAGUGCUGCUCAUCGUGUGUUAUUCUUUAAGAGACAAGGACAAUCAUAAAGUUUUAUUCUUUGCUCAGUUUUAAGUUUGCAAUGUGUGUUGCAGCGAGUCUGUACUGUUGAGCUCUUCUUCGUGUCCCACCCCGGCCUUGGAGGAAAAUGAAGGGAGGAAUGCUGCAGGGGGACGAGAGGAGGAGGAGGAAGAGGAGGAGGAGGAGGAGGAGGAGGAGGAGGGGAGCAACUGAGACAGAGGGAGGGGUCCACUCUUCAGGAAUUCUGCUGUGUUGGAGUAUCUUUGCUGCGCGAUCUGUGUCCACCACUGAUGUCAACACAACGUCAGAUUGAGAGUUUCACCAACGGCUCCUUCCCCCCCCCCCCGCCCUCCCUUUCCUUUCCUUGCCAGUUCCAACUGUAACUCCCAACUGGAACUAAACCCCAAUGGAAAAGAAGUGGAGAGUAACACUUAGAGAAACUCAAAAAAAUGGAUAUUUCUGUACAAGAAGAUGACAGGGAGAUAGAAUAUAUUUUGUUAAAUAACUGCACAGUGUGGGACAAGGUAAAGAUUUGGGCUGCCUGAGCCCACAACACUCCAAAUCCACCCCCCCCCCCCCCCCCUCUAAAGUCUGAAAAAAUUGACGCCACAUACAGUAUCUCGGUGGUGGAGUAAACGUGAUGAGUGCCACUUUUUUUAUUUUUUUCCUUGUUUUUUUUUUUUUUUCUUCGCCUCUUCUUGGGUGCGCGAGAGGACCCUAAGUGAAGUGACACGGGGACGCUGAACCGAUCGCUCCCGUGUCGAGUGCCUUUCCAAAACAAAUCAGCUGUUCAGAUUUAGUGCCAACCUACAUGUAUCACCAAAAGAAUUCUCCGACACGGCAAUCCACAACAAACCAGUGAACUCUUCUUCUGGAUAAUCUCGUUAAGGUGGAAGCUGAGAACAAACACAAAAAAAAAAACAUAUUUUUUUUGUUGAUGGAAUGGCAGGUUUUCUGUAUGUUUUACGUUGGCCUUUUUUUUUGAAGGUGUUUUAUUUUGCAUUGUCUUGUUGGUCUGGCCAAACCUAUAUCUUGAAAUGCACAGGUACUGGAACCCCCACCCCACCCUCCUCGCUUUGGAUGUGAUAACAACACACGACACUUACCUUCCAGGCCACUUAAAUCAAAGGAAUUCUGUUUGUUCUGUUCAUUUUGUUGUUUUUAACAGGAAAUGUGAUGAUGUACCGUUGACAAAUCUAACCUGAUUGUAAGUUUAAAUUCAGACCGCCCGUUUAACAGUGGGCUGUCUGUUUAAAAAAAAAAAAAAAAAAGAAAGAAAAAAGAAAAACUUUUAAUACAAAUUGCAUUUUUUAAAAAAGAAA